AUGCCGACUCUCGGCUUCCUCAAGAAGAAGCGGACGAGGGAAGAAAAGACCGAUCCCUCCUCCAGCCAACCCACGAGUCCCGUAACCCCGAUCACACCUACCAUCUCCCAGAGUUUCGACAGCCAGCUCACACACACACCAACCCAGACCACGGCCGCGAGCUCCGUCUCCCAUACCCGAACGACCUCGUCCCAAAACCACCCUGGAAGCCAAGACGCAAAGGCACCAGCUUCGGCUGGUGGAUCACAAUCAAUGAAUACCGUAGCCCAACCCCAGCAGCAACAGCAACCGCCCUUUGGGAUUCAGCCCACGCCAAGUCCGGGCCAGGUUGGGACGCCGCAGAGCCUGCCGAGCAUCAACAACCUCAUACAUCCCCCGCAGACCGAUGGUGCCGGCCAUCAUGGGGCGUCUCAGCAAGCUCCGCCACAGAAUCAGCAGCAACAUGGCCAAGCGACGUCGGACACACGAGUGACGAAGGGCAAAUACUCGCUGAAUGACUUCGAUAUCCUGCGGACGUUGGGCACCGGAAGUUUCGGCCGUGUUCACCUGGUCCAGUCCAAACACAACCAACGGUUCUAUGCCGUGAAGGUCCUCAAGAAAGCGCAGGUUGUGAAGAUGAAGCAAGUCGAACACACCAACGAUGAACGGCGUAUGCUGGGAGAAGUCAAACACCCUUUCCUCAUUACGUUGUGGGGGACGUUCCAGGAUUCGAAGAAUCUUUACAUGGUCAUGGACUUUGUCGAGGGAGGCGAGCUGUUUUCGUUGCUACGAAAAUCAGGCCGAUUCCCUAACCCGGUGGCCAAGUUCUACGCUGCCGAGGUCACUCUGGCGCUGGAAUACUUGCACGCCAAACACAUCAUCUAUCGGGAUCUCAAGCCUGAGAACCUGCUCCUGGAUCGCCACGGACACCUCAAAAUAACAGAUUUUGGUUUCGCAAAGCGAGUCCCGGACAAGACCUGGACACUGUGUGGUACCCCGGACUAUCUGGCACCGGAAGUUGUGUCCAACAAGGGGUACAAUAAAUCAGUCGAUUGGUGGUCAUUGGGCAUCUUAAUCUACGAAAUGCUUUGUGGAUACACGCCGUUCUGGGACAGUGGCUCGCCAAUGAAAAUAUAUGAGAAUAUUCUGAGGGGUAAAGUCAAGUACCCGCAGUACGUUCACCCAGAUGCGCAGGAUCUGCUGGAGAGGCUCAUCACGCACGAUCUGACCAAGCGUCUGGGUAACUUGUACGGCGGAUCGCAGGAUGUGAAGAACCACCCUUGGUUCGCCGAAGUCACCUGGGAUCGUCUGUCGAGGAAGGACAUUGAUGCUCCAUAUACGCCCCCGGUCAAGGCUGGCGCGGGAGAUGCGAGCCAGUUUGACAGGUACCCUGAAGAGACGGAGAAGUACGGGCAAGGGGGUCAUGAUGAGCUCGGCCACAUGUUUGUUGACUUCUAA